UCUAGCAUCAUAAGGUGGCAGGCAUGUGUGUUUCCUUCUUUUUCUUUCUUCUUUACUUGCUUCUGACAGCAGGGGGAGCUGAUGGCUAGGAAAGGCUGCAAGCUUCUUCCAAGCCAUGGCCAGACUAAGUCCAGAAGAGAGGAUGGAACAGAGAGGAGCACAUUAAUGAUUUGAUUCCGGAAUCCAUUCAGCCUUCUCUGUGAGCUCCAAGAGCCCAAAGUUUGUGUUUUUCUCAUCAUGGGAAGCUUCUUUUUGGAGGCUGGUGAUUCAGCAAGUGCAAAGAGAAGAGAGUAUGGGCUGUUAGUCUUGGUUUUCCUCUGGACUUGGUCUCCUGCAGCUGCUGUUCUCUCCCCUAAAGGUGUCAACUAUGAAGUUCAAGCUCUAAUGGGCGUAAAAGCAUCCCUAAAGGAUCCCCAUAGUGUUCUUGAGAACUGGGAUCAGGACUCUGUGGAUCCAUGCAGCUGGACCAUGGUUACAUGUUCACCUGAGAAUUUAGUUAUUGGACUAGGAUCUCCAAGCCAAAAUUUAUCCGGCACACUCUCUCCAAGCAUUGGCAACUUGACAAAUCUUGAGAUUAUUCUCCUCCAGAACAACAACAUAUCAGGACCCAUCCCACAAGAGAUUGGAAGGCUGUCAAAGCUUAGAACUCUUGACCUCUCCAGCAACUAUUUCACUGGUGACAUCCCUACCUCUAUCACCCACCUGAGUAGCCUCCAGUACCUGAGGCUCAAUAACAAUAGUUUGUCUGGAGAAUUUCCUGUGUCUUUGACCAACCUGACACAGCUUGCACUCCUGGACUUGUCUUACAAUAAUUUGAGUGGUCCUGUGCCAAGUUUUCCAGCUAGGACAUUCAAUAUUCUGAAUCCUGCUUCUGCAAUGUGUCUAGUUUUCCAGAGAGACUGUAUUGUUGGAAAUCCUUUAAUCUGUGCUACUGGUUCAGAGAAAGACUGCUUCGGGACAAUGCCCAUGCCGAUUUCCUACAACUUGAACAAUUCAGAGACAGAGAGCACUGCAACCCAAGGAAAACCAAGAAAUCAUAAAGUUGCUUUAGCACUUGGUUCCAGCUUUGGAUUAGUCUGUUCAAUAGUUUUUGUCAUUGGGUUGAUUCUCUGGUGGAGGCAAAGACAUAACCAACAAAUCCUAUUCGAAGUUGAUGAGCAACAUGACGAGGAAGUUUGCCUCGGAAAUUUGAAGAAAUUUCAGUUUCGCGAGCUUCAGAUCGCAACAGAUAACUUCAGCAGCAAGAACAUACUAGGCAAAGGCGGCUUUGGAAUUGUUUAUAAAGGUCAUCUAAAAGAUGGGACUCUGGUAGCCGUCAAAAGGCUCAAGGAUGGGAGUGCUGUGGGUGGUGAGAUCCAGUUUCAGACUGAAGUUGAGAUGAUAAGCUUGGCUGUGCAUCGAAACCUCCUCAGACUGCACGGAUUCUGUAUGACUGCCUCGGAGAGAUUACUCGUAUAUCCAUAUAUGUCAAAUGGAAGUGUUGCUUCCCGACUAAAAGGAAAACCACCAUUGGAUUGGAUUACGAGAAAAAGGAUCGCAGUGGGAGCUGCAAGAGGUCUACUCUACCUUCACGAGCAGUGUGAUCCGAAGAUAAUUCACAGAGACGUAAAGGCCGCCAAUAUUUUGCUAGAUGAUUACUGUGAGGCCAUAGUUGGAGAUUUUGGGCUGGCAAAGCUUAUGGAUCACAGGGAUUCACAUGUAACUACAGCUGUGCGAGGCACCGUCGGACACAUUGCACCCGAGUAUCUCUCUACAGGCCAGUCUUCCGAAAAAACUGAUGUUUUUGGAUUUGGAAUUCUCCUCCUCGAACUUAUCACCGGUCGGACAGCUUUAGAAUUCGGGAAGUCGGUGAAUGAGAAAGGCACCAUGCUUGACUGGGUAAAGAAGAUCCAUCAAGAGAAGAAGCUUGACGUGCUCAUGGACAAGAACUUGAAGAACAUUUACGAUAGGAUCGAGCUUGAGGAGAUGGUACAAGUAGCACUCCUGUGCACACAGUUUCUUCCCGGCCACCGGCCCAAAAUGUCAGAGGUUGUGCGAAUGCUCGAAGGCGAUGGACUUGUGGAGAGAUGGGAAGCCUCUCAGAGAGUCGACUCCCAAAAUUUCAAGGUGCCUGAGUUUGCCUUUUCGGAAAGGUGCUACUCGAACCUGACGGAUGACUCGUCGUUACUUGUCCAAGCAGUUGAGCUCUCUGGGCCACGGUAAGAGUUCAUAACACUACAGAAUCAACAGCAUGGAAAAAAGCACUGGAAUUAUCUGUGAUCAAUGAUUACAAGAUAGGAGGUAAAAUGCAAUUACCAUCUUUCCUGUAUUUGCUCUUAUCAUGAGAGCCUUUCCAGACUAGGCCAUGGACAUUGCACAAAGAUAGCAAGUUCUUGAGUUGAACCUCCAUGGAUCAAACACGAAAGUAGUUCUUUGACAUCGGUAUGACUGCGAGUUUUGUUGUAUAUAGGUCUGAAGGACUCAAAGUAAAGGAUGUCAUGAUUCAACGCCA